AUGAUGCGUGAAGCUUUAGAUCUACUAAGUAAAGGAAUGUCACAAAGAGAUGUGGAGAAAAAGUGUGGUAUUCCUCGAACAACACUUCGGAAUCACUUAAAAACUGGAAGUUCCUCAAGAAACUUGGGCAGAAGAAGUUUACUGAGUAAAAAGGAAGAGCGGGCUCUUGUUUCUCGCAUUUUACGGUUAGCAGAGCUCGGGGUACCACUUGUUCCUAAAUCGUUGAGAAGACUGGUCUACAGGUACUGCGUUGACAAUAAUAUCCGUCACAAAUUUCACAACGAAAAAGAAAUGGCUGGAUACGAUUGGUAUAAAUCAUUCCUCAGAAGGAAUCCGAUCCUGUCGCAAAGGAGAUCCCAAAAUUUAAAUCCUGCACGGGCCCAAAAAUUAAAUCCGUUCAUUACUAAAGAUCAUUUCAAUAAAUUAGAAAAUAUUCUAAGUGCACUGGAUAUUAAAAACUCUCCAGAACGAAUUUUUAAUAUUGAUGAGAAGGGCUGCAGGCUGACGCCGCAUCACGGUCAAAGAGUUUUGGCAAAAAAAGGAUCUCGUCGUGUUCAUUUGAUUUCCAAUGAGCAUGCGGAAAAUUGCACUAUAGUGGCUUGUGUCUGCGCUCUGGGUCAUGCUGCACCGCCGCUCAUAAUUUUUAAGGGCUCGAGACUGAAAGAAAGCUACAAGGAACAUCUGCCACCUCGUUCUGCAGUUGCUAUGGCCGAGAAGGGCAGCAUGAACAGAGAAAUUUUUGUUCAGUGGCUACACCAUUUUUCAAAAUUUAAGCCAGUUGGUAGAAUUCUAUUGAUCCUAGAUGGCGCAUCGUGUCAUCUCGAUAUUUCUAUUGUAGAUGCAGCAGAGAAUUUUGAAAUUUCAUUAUACUGCCUGCCAUCCAACACCACUCAUGAAUUACAGCCUCUUGAUAAAGCCGCUUUCAGAGCAUUUGAACAUUACUGGGACUCCGAAAUUUUGCGAUAUUGGAAAGAUAAUCCUACCAAUUUAAGAUCGAUCAAAAAAGAGAAUUUUGGAAAAAUACUCAAUCCAGUCUGGAAGCAAUGCAUGAGUAUUUCCAAUAUACAAAGUGGUUUGAGGGCCACAGGAAUUUUUCCUUUCGACCCCUCAGUAAUACCGGAAACAGCUUUUGCGCCAUCCGAGUUGACAUUUCAAGAAAUUAAUCAUCCGAAUCAAGAAAUCGAAGAUGAUUCCGAUUCCGAUGUGUCAUUGAACGUGUUAGCAAAAAAACUGAAGCCGGCCGGAGAGUCUAAACCAGGAUGUUCAUUUUGGACCGAAAAUUCAGUAACAGAGACCCAGCCCAAAACUAAAACUUCUAAAGUGAAAAUUUGGACGUCUCUAUCGUUCGACCUGCUGCCACUCAUCCAGCCACUCAGUCUGCCUUUCAGCCUUCCACUAACUUCACCAGUCUGCCUGCUACUCAACUAG